AUGAGCGUCGCUUCUUGCCUACCGCCCCCUCACAUAGGUGGCCCUCACGUAGGGGUUGAAACUGAGCAUCUGGUACCCAAAGAUAGCAAUGGCACAUAUCGUUCAAAGAUAGGCAUUUCAACGGCUGAGUUGCCAGCGAGAAAACUUCCUGUGGUUCAGUCUAAGCCGGUUCCUCGAGGGACCGCUAGCUUUGAGGCUAUGAGGGCCGCCCUGCUUGAAGCUUUCGACUCCAAAGUUCCACGAGAUUACCAUCUGCCUCGUGAACUGGUCGAGUAUCCGCCCACCGAUGUUUCAGGCAUUCCUGCGUCUUGUGGAAUUUUAUCGAAAGAUGAAAUCGAGAUCACGGAGAAUUAUGACGCCGUUGGUCUUGUUGCUGCACUUGCGAAGCAGCAAUACACAGCUGUUGCUGUGACCACUGCCUUUUGCAAGCGUGCAAUAGUUGCGCAUCAGCUUACCUGCUGCCUGACGUCGUGGUUCAUGGAUGAAGCUAUUGAGCAAGCACAGGAGCUAGAUGACUAUAUGGCCAAGAAUGGAAAGCUUAUCGGCCCCCUUCAUGGGCUUCCCGUCAGUAUCAAGGAGCACAUAGCCAUCCGCGGGACAUCCUCUUCACACGGAUACUUUGGUGGCAUCGGCAUAGACGAUACAGACAGUGAAAUGGUUGCAAUCCUUCGAAGUCAAGGCGCUGUCUUUUACUGUAAGACCAACCAGCCACAAUCGAUUAUGCACCUCGAAAGUGACUCUCACUGGGGUCGAACUUUGAACCCCUUCAAUAUCCAUCUCUCGUCAGGUGGAUCUACGGGGGGCGAAGCAGCGCUGAUUGCGAUGAAAGGCUCGGUAAUCGGUGUUGGCACUGACAUCGGCGGAAGUAUCCGAGGACCUUCAGCCUUCUGUGGUAUCUACGGGUUCAAGCCUACAUCCAACAUUUUGCCUAUGAGGGGCUUUAGCAGAGGCACAUUCCCAGGCGAGCUGAAUGUGCUGGCAUCAACAGGACCGAUGGGUCGUAGUUUGAGGGACAUGGAUUUCUUCAUGAGGUCUAUCCUCUCUGCAAGGCCGCAUCUAACUAAUCCUGAGCUGCUUCCGUAUCCAUGGGAUAGCAUCGAAGCGCCGCUUGGCCGGAAGUUGAAGAUUGGUAUCAUCGACAACGACGGCUUCAUCGUGCCUCAGCCACCUAUCAAGCGGGCGUUGUCUUGGGCAAAGGCUCUCCUAUCCGACCCCAGAUACAAGGAUCUUGUCGAGAUCAAGGAUUUCAGGGUCUUUGGUGCGGCAGAGGCCUGGGACAAGAUUCGGUUUAUGUACUGGCCGGACGGUGGCCAACUCACAGAGGAUGCCAUUAUCUCUACUGGGGAGCCAGUGCACACCUUGACGAAGUCGAUUUGCCAAACUGCUGAGCCACUUGGGAUGCAGACCGCUCGCGACGUGACUCUAAUGCGAGACGAAAGAGACAAUUUCCGACAUGCCUUUGCCAAGAGCUGGACAGAACAGGAUGUGGACAUUGUCAUUGGGCCUGCGUUUGUUGGACCAGCGUCGGCCCACGACACCGCGUUCUACUGGACAUACACCUCGCUCUAUAACCUUGUUGAUUACCCAGGAGCCGUUUUUCCUACGCCCAUCAAGGCUGAAUCAGGGGAAGAAUACGAUUCCAAAUAUGUUCCACUGAGCGAUGCUUGCCAGCAUGUCAAGGAGUUGUGGGAAAAGGGGAACUUCGAGGGUGCCCCGAUAAACCUGCAGAUCGUGGCAAGGAGAUACCAUGAUAAUGAGCUUUUCAGGGCACUCAAUGUCUUGAAAGAUAUUUUGAUCCUUGCUUGA